AUAGCAUCAUUAUUGUUUACAGACUAUCAUCACUGAAACCAAGGAAUGUUGGAAAAGCCUCUUCUGUGGAUUAUUCUUGGGUAACUGUACUACCACAGCAUAAUGGAUUACAGGCAGGAUUUUGUUGAAACAGCAAAGGAAAAUGGAAGUAACUUUUUGAACAUUUUCCAUCAAUACAGUGAUGUAGAAGAAUUUUUGCAUAGGGAAGAAUACAUUUCAGUCCGCAGUGUUGGGUUAAGUGUCACUGAACAAAAUGUGUUUCUCAACUUUGCUCCUGACGUUGAUGGUGUUGUAGUAGAAUGGAAUGAUGUCUCUUGUAUAUCUCAUAAUGUGAGGAAAUUAUACUUGGCUCCAUUUGACAUGUUGAGUAUAAAGCCAGUAAGCUCAAUGUUAAAGAAACAUAUGUGUUUGCCCCAAUUUUCAUCAGAACAAUUGCAAUCAUUUCAUCAUUGUUGUGGAAGUCAGCUUAUGUAUGAGAAUGGAUGGGAAUACUGGUUGGCAUUAGUACCCGACUCUGACCACAGGCAAUCCAUCAUUCAUGAUUUCCAGUGGAUGUCUACUAUAACAUACAAGGUGUUGCAAUGUGUUAAAAAAGACCUUAGAAAGAGGUUACUUAGCGCUUCAUCAACAGGAAUAGCACUGAACACUUGCCAGAAAUAUAACUUUAGUGACUUGAGAACCCUUACCAUAUUGCCUGAUGACAAAAAACAUGUUUUGGAAAUUUUGCAAAAUUGUAUAAACUCUGUACAACCCAUCCCAGGUUUCAAAAAGCUUAUAUUCAGUUUUCGCUUUGGUGAGAAAUCAAGUGUAGGAUUCACCAUUCCCACUACUUCACCUUCAGCUAUAACAAGAAUAACUGCACAUAUUGGCGUCAACAUUUGUCCCAAUACAGGAAUCGACAUCUUGUGGUCAAGAACAGGAUUACAGGGUUAGGUUUGUGACAGGGGCACAAUUACAAGUGCACUGUCCUUUUAUGAAAGUGCCAACUUUCAGUCCAACCUUGAUGGACGGCAUAUGGAUAUCGAAGGAGAGCUAAGGAAAGUUUGCCUCCAGCCCCAGAGUGUGCAAUUUGUACAAAUGUAUACAGAUUCACCUCAUUUAAGAACGAAGGCUCGAUCACACCCAGUCUCCGGUGCAAUUGCCAUCAACAAGUCUGUUAACCACAGCACAAGGCAAUCCUUUCACAAGGAUUCUGAUGCCUAUUUGAAAGUCAUUGAAAGUAAUACAUCCUUAUUUCAUUGUCUUCUGUACAAGAAUACAGGCAACUGUAUGGCUACAUGGAAGGCUUUUCAAACUGAACUCGCCAUAGGGAAACUGUUAUGGGGGCAUCCAUUUUGCUUCCGAUCUGCACAGCUUUCAGUCAAUCUUGGGUUGGGACUAGGCCAUCCCACAAGAAGUAAAACAGAUGCUUUAGGCUUUUUAGCUCUGGAACCACCAACAUCAUGCAUGCAUGCCGAGUCAUCGUGCCCUACCCCGUCUAUCUGGACAACAAGCUCCGUCAUCCAAAGACAGAUCAUCAAGUGUUUUGGUUUUCAUGACUAUCUCAUUGGCAGCCCCAUUGUGCUUGGAAGACGAGCUGUAGAAAUUUUACUCAAAGAUCUGUAUGAUAUGAGCAACAAAUUUUGCAUGCGACAAGAAGAGUUUGUACACAGGCUUCAGGGUCAUUCCACAAUACCGCCAGUGUGUGGAACCACCACUGAACACAGAGCAACAGUACUCUGUCAGCUCAUUGUGCAAGAGAUUGAAUCAAGACACUUACUACACACAAGCCUUUUCAAGAAUGCUAUUUGGUCUGAGUCCUUUCCUUGGGUAUCUCCAUGCUUACAUAAGCUUGGGCAUUGUAACCUUAAUGAAGAGAAACUAAUAACUGUGUUGACUUUCAUCACAUGUGUUGCUCUACUGCAGGAGGGCUGGUAUGUUAACUACUACCAGUUGCGAAAACUUGAGAAAGAUAUACCUAUAGUACAACAUCGUCUCAGGGCUAUGGAGAUACAGUCUAAGUUCUUACUUCCUCGCUUCAAUCUAUUUCACCUCAGGAGACUGCACCACAGUAUUCCUACACGAUUUCAUCUCCCCAAGCCUGCAUCAACAUCAGUAUCUUCUGCACACGCCUUUCAGGCUGUGGCACCUACAGAGGACUGUAAUUGUGAAGAUAUCAUUCCACCAUCCGAAGAACCAACGAGCAAAGAAGAUGUUCAGCGAGUAGAAGUAAGACACAUACCGGCUGAUGGCAAAGUUCGUUGGUCUUCGAAUGAACUCAGUCUACUGCAUGGCUUGAAAGCCGAUGACAAACUGUCAAUGGCGAAACAUAGCUACUGUCUCUAUAAAGAGCAAUGCAGGAUCGAGGAUAUCCCAGACAGAAGCUAUGAAGCCUUUAAGCAAAAAGUUUCCAGGUUACUGAAACCUAUAAGCAAAUGA